AGCGGCAAGCGGUAAAGGCGGCUGCCCGCGGCUUCUCGGCGAGAAGAAUCGGUGGUGCUGCUCCUCUUGCUGCUGCAGGAGGAGGAAGAGAGCAGGCGAGCAAGACCCGCCGCUGCCAUGGGGAGAGUGCAAGGAGGGAUGCGCUGCGUCAAGUUCCUGCUCUUCCUUUUCAACUUCAUCUUCUGGUUGGCAGGUUCAGCUGUUGUCGCAUUUGGGCUAUGGCUGCGGUUUGGAAACAUAAUAAGAGAUUUAGCAACUGAUGAGGACUCCCCAGAAUAUUUUUAUAUGGGACUGUAUGUGCUGGUGGGUGCAGGAGUGCUGAUGAUGAUAGUAGGAUUUUUUGGGUGCUGCGGAGCAGCACGGGAGUCUCAGUGCCUGCUUGGAGCAUUUUUUACUUGCUUGUUGGUGAUUUUUGCCGCUGAAAUCACUGCAGGGGUUUUUGCUUUUCUGGGCAAGAAGACGGCAGUCAGUGAAGUCCAAGCUAUCUAUGAGGAAGCUUAUGAAAACUACAUCAAUGAUCAAAGCAAAAACAAAACACUCAUCACAUUUCAUGAUGCACUUCAAUGCUGUGGAAAAGACAGUGACGCUCAAGUCAAGCCCACCUGUCCAAAAGACCUUGAGUCGCCCAAAAACUGUCUGACUGAAAUAGAGACUCUUGUUAAUUUCAAUCUUCAUUUACUUGGCAUUGUUGGGAUUGGAAUUGCUGGAAUCACAAUCUUUGGCAUGGUCUUCAGCAUGGUCCUUUGCUGUGCAAUCCGAAACACAAGAGACAUGCUUUAGAACUCCUCCUGCAUCACGUUAUUUUCAACCCAGGACUGAAACAAAGGCUUCAACACAGUUCUGAAGAAGUGCUUGCCCACUCAGCUUAACAAUUGUAAUCCAUUUUUAAUUAGAGUGUUAAUCAACUGACAGAAAAAGGGGAUGUUUGGUGAGUUCAAGAGUUUCCUGUGGUUGCAUUUAAAAGUUUAAAACAAUUCUGAGGUGAGCAAGUAGGAUAGGCUAACAAUGCCUUUUUCAAGGCCAACAGUGACAUCUAAAACUAAAAUUUAUUUGAAGUAUGACUUUGCACAGGUAUGGAAGAAUAGGUCCUGUAUCUCUGUAUUCAAGAAUGUCUGCUUGUUUUGGUGCAGAUGCACAUAUACUGUAGUUGUAUAUACAGUUCCCUUGACCAUAUGUAUGUUUUGUGAGUGUCUAUAUCUGCAUGCAUAUUUCUGCAAUAUAUAUAUUAUGCACGCACAUACACACACUUGGGUGCGUAUCCAGGUUAAAGGUUUUUCAAAAUGGGGUUCUCUUUACUGAUCAUUUUUGGAGAAGCAAAUUCCUCUAGGAAAAUGAUAUUGAAAAGUAAAUAUCUCGUCCUAUCUUCAUUCAGUCUUUUGGAAUGUCUCAUUUUAAAAAAACUAUAUUUAAAAAAAUGUGUUUUGCUCCUAGCCAGCUGUCCCCUUGGAAGAUUCUAUCUGUCUGUCUGUGUUCUAUUUAUAUAUUUAUUUAUAUGCAGAAUGGUUUAUAUGAUAGAGAUUGAUAGGGAGCUCUCUGGGCUUUUUAAAGAAAAGCAGAGCAAAGACCAAGAGGUAGUAUCAAACCAGCAGAGAUCAGUUAAAGCUAUAGGUUCAAUAUAAAGUUUUAUCGGGGCUGAGGCAUCCUGUGGUAGUCAUGUUUUUAAAUAGGGUUAAAACAUGCACAGGUCAUCCUUGAUGAGGAACUUAAUUCCACUCAAAAAACUGUUUCUUGCUUGGGUUUUUUUUCCAAAUGCUAUCUUUUAGCAUCAAUCUAAUAUUGUCCUAAUUAUUUUUAAUCUGGGCCCCAAAAAUUGCUUCAGCAUAAUCUAAAACUGAUGCCCAAACUAUUUUAUACAGUUACUAUGAUGAACACUCAAUCCCCAAAUGCACACCAUAUCCUCUCAUGCCAUUGUAGCAUAUCCCUUGAAGUAUGUUGAUGCAAAAGCAAUACCUGUUCACUGGGACUUACUCUCUCAUUGGUGCACUUAGGACUGCAGCUUAAUUAUUUGCUGCAGAGAUCAUAAUAAUAUUCUGCUGUUUGCAACCUUUUAUACAUUCCAGCAAUUGCAUGCUGACUUCACACAAUGGAGGAGUACAUACCUAAUAUAGAAAUAAUAUUUAUUAUUUUCAUGUUCCAGUCAAAGUUAACCAUGUGCUUCAUUCUUUCAUUGAAAUCAAUACUUGUCAAAAUUUCUUAACUUUAGGUAAAACUUAACUCAAUCUGUGUAUGCAUAUAUGCAUAUUUUUUUAAAAUGUUCUUGAAAUAAUGUGCCCAUCCACAAAUAAGCAAGGCAGCUAUGCUGCGUUUUGAAGUUCAAAUCAAACUUUAAAAGCAUGAGACGAGCGCUUCAGAAUAGGAUUAUGUGUAUAGGAGCACACAGCCCCUAAAGACCAUGAACAAAUGUUCAGCAUUACAUUUAAAGAUAAGGAGGAAGGGUAGUUGUCAUUAAUGUCAAGAACAAUAACCAGUGAUUGUGACAGUUGUGCAACCAUUUCAUACACAGAAUUCAUACUAAGCUUCACUGUAGAUGUUUGAACUGUGUGCAGCAAUAUAUUUGUUUGGGAAGGAGCAGAAAGAUUAGACUGAAAGAUGAGAAGCUCUACUUGUUUAAAGUUGCCCUACAUCCUGUAGCUGAGAAUGUGGUGUCAGCCAAACUAACCUUCAGAAUUCAAUGCAGUUUGAAAGUCAAUUUCGGACUGUUUACCUUUUGCUUUAUCUUUGUUCUCGGACCACUAGAAGUCAAUGCAGACACGUAGUGCUCAAAGAGAAGCUAUUUGUUCUGCUAGAAAUUUGUUCCUGCCAGAAAGCGCAUGCCAAAACCAGAGGGUUCAAAAUUAAGACCCUGCCCUGGUGUUCUGGCUACAGAACUUCAGUUAAAGCAUUGAGAGGUGGGCAGAUGUACUUUACUACAGUCUGUUUUUGUUUAUUGUCUCUGAAAAUCAAAUUACUGCAUGUUAUUUUAACUACAUCAAGCUAUUAUCUAGUCAUGGCUUAGCUGUCUAAAACUGGAUAAAUGUAGAAAUGAUCAAUAUUCUUAAAAUACCUCAGGGGAGAGUUUACAGCUUAUAACUGUGCUUUGUAUUGUUUAUAUUUAUUUCUACUAAGUUGUGUAUUGAAAAAUAACCUGGCAGAAUUAAUUUAGCUAGCCAGAGGAAAAUCACUGUGGUGCAGUUUUAAUAUAUUACAAUCAAUGGGGUUUACCACUUACUUGAAUGGGAAGUGCAUUGUGGGAACUUUUAAAUACCUGGCCCAUUUUCUGACAAGCUAUAGUUUUAGGAAUUAGAACUCAAGCAAUUAUUCAGUCUUUCUGUCUCUUUUUAUUCAGUAGUUUUAUUUUCUUUUAAACAGAAAUAGGCUAUCUAAAAAAAGUUAGGAAAUUUUCAAAUGUUAAUUUAAAAAACUGUCUUAAUUAUGUGCUCCAUGCACAUUUUUCAUCAAAAUAUAUUCAAAACGUAUGAUUUCAGGGGAAGCCUGUCUUAUCAGGGCCUUCAUUUGAAGUUCAGUGUGCACUCAAGUGUGUGUAUGUAUAUGUAUAUGAGAGAGAGAAAGGGAGAGAGAGAGAAGCCCCAAGUUACAUGAGUUAUUCCCUUUUUUCUCUCAAACAUAUAUUAUGUGUAUACCCCAUCUCUCCAACAAAUUUCAGUUGACUGUUUCUACUACUUGGCCCAGGUAAAAUAUUUGGACCCAUUAGAACAUAGCUGAAGUGAUAGGGAAUAUAGCUAAGGAAAUGUAUCAAAUGCACAAUUCACCUACCUGUGCUAGAGGCCCAUUGGGUGCUGGCAGCUCCUGAAGUUCAGGUGAGGGCCUCAUCAUGGAGAAGACAUCACUAGAAAUCCGAGUACCUAAGUGGUCUACCAUGUUAUUUGGGAAGCAGUUUCAUCAGCUCUGCAAGUAGUUCUUGCCAGGAAUUUGCAGUUUAACAGAAACAGAAAUAAAGAUGUAGUCACCUUUAUUUUAAAAAAUGUCAUUGGUAUGAACUAUCAUAAUAUUGCGACUCUGGACUUAAAGAGGAAUUUCUGCUAAUUUUCUGUUUUGAAAACGAUGUCUUCUUGGAAUUUCUAUUCCAGAGGAAAAAGAAGAUGGAAGGACUUAGAACGGAACCUGCUUUAAUGAUUUCCCCAUAUUUGUUAGUUUUUCUUUUUAAAUAAUAUCUCCUUAAGAAUAGACUAUCUCUUCCAUUAUAAUGCUAGCCAUUCUCAAAUGAGACCAGAAGCAAUUUAAAAAUGGAAACAGCAGGAUGUGAAAUAGACAUUAGAAAAAUCAGUAAUUUCUGAGUCUUUGUAGAGAUCAGCCUGUCCUAUUGUCCUCAGCUCUGGUUUGUUCCCUGUCUUUUGCAUUUGUCAUCCUGUGUUUCAUGCAGACUCAGGGCUCAUUCAGCUAGAUCACACAUAAGCAUAUGGCAAUGCUGUUGCGCUGCUUCCCUAUUCUGUAUUCCAGCUUUUCAGAGUACUUCGUGAAGCUGCUUCAUGUCAGUCCAUGUAACUGGCAGAGACUAGUAUCGAUAAGUUUGGGAAAAUCUUUGGGAAAGACUGGAAAAUCUUCUGUGUUCCAAGUUUUCCCAAUCAGGAGCAGAAGACAAAUCCUGCUUAACUUGUGCUCCUGCUUUCUCAUUUUUAUUGUUUUUCUCUCCUUAUCUGGGUUGUAGAAGAAACAGGUGAGCUGUAUUAUGUAAAUAAUAGGUUGAAAGGAGAGCUCUAUUUUACUUCAUUCUGGUAGUUGCAUUUUUAUGCUGGAAAAGGACACCAACUCCCUGUGCUAGCCCAAAAAUGAUAAUAUCAAACAAGUACCAGGCCAGAAAUGGUUCCAAACUGUCUGCUGAUCGCCAUUUGCGAUUUUUAUGAAAUGGCUGUCCUUUGCAGACCUCGGAUCUCCUUGCUGAACAACACUAAUAAAUAAAUUGUGGCUUUAACACCAGGAUGAAGGGUGGGUGGGAGGAUAUGGUAGCUAUGAAGAUGGAUUGGAAGAUGCACACACUGUCUGGUCCUGGAAAAGCAGAGCAGCAGAGCCAUACAUCUAUACAUCUAUGCCAUUGCUUUUUAAAAAUUUUGUAUUGGAGGGCUGGCAACUUUUUGCUGUUGCCUUCUUGCUAUUGGAAAAACCUAUUGGAAGUCUUGCUUCCAAAAUGUUAUCUACUAUUGCUUGGCUGCUUCUUUAUCUUUAAGUGCCUUUUGGGGAACAGGGCAGAAUGCCAGUUCUGUAAGUAGAGCUUUGAAAUUAAAAUCAGACGUGAAGAUUAUUCAUUUUUAGUGAGUUCCUAUUUCCUUGCAUCCCACUGUAUUUAUUUUUAUGAAUGUAAUCGUUACACCUGUCCUAAGGUCAUCUGCUCCUUAAAAAUAAUAAAAGAAUGUGUGUUUGAAAUGCAGGUCGGAAUUAAAUAUAUUGAUGAUGUGUACAAAAACUUACCAGUGCCUUUAAGAACACCACAGCUCUAUCCUCCUGAUCUCAGCAUUUCCAGUGUCAUUUUGGUGGGGAGUCCCUUGCACUGAAUUAUAUCUCAGGAACAUUGUACCUUGAAUGUUGGACAGGAUUAAUUCUUGGACUACAUUUUUCUAUAGUAUGUAAAUUAUAUAUGUAUACUAUUGGCAUACACAUUUUCUGAGUUGAUUCACUGAGAGGACCAAGUCAGACAUGCUGAGAAUGGCCCAAAGCUUGCCCCCAAAUCCAUGAGAACCAGCCCACAGCUUCUCUUUCAUGUUCACUGAAUCAGCAAUUAUGUGAUACUUAGUAUGAGAUGUUCCUGAUGAUACACUGCAGGGAUACAUGGGUGACAUUUUGAUGUUUGUGAGGUAUACGCUCUUUGAAUUGUGCUAUUGCCUCAUUGACUGAAAUUUGACAUCCUCACUUAAUUUCUCAACUGUGUUAAGGAAUGCAGCCUUUCUUAAUACUAACAAAUUAUCAUUAUGAAGAUACUAGAGGCAGCAGUUUUAGAAAGAUGUGGAGGCUGUAGGGUGAGAUUCUCCCAAAAGCCUUCAGGAAGAAACAGCACUUAUUAAAACACACAGAGAUAUAUGGGCUACCUCAGCACUAUGACACUGCAAACUUGUAAAGCAGUGCCUUAUUAUAGGAGAAGGAGCAAAUAAAUUGAGGAGCCUUUAAAAAGCACUUAUUAAACCUUAUUUUGAAGAGCAGCUUCUCCUAGUUUUGUCCUUUGGAAAGCCAUGGGCACAUUAUGCAUCUAAUAGAUGCUCUGUCCUGCUUAAUACAAAUUCUCAGUAACCAUGGGGAUGAUUAUACUGAGUUCCAGACCCUUCACUGUCUUUCGGGAGUAGUGCAUUGUAUCUGCUGGAGAACUGGGCUUCGUUCUUCCCAGGAAAUCUGCAUGGAUCAAGCAAGACCAGAAAGAUACAGCAUCCAAAAAUAGCUGUAUGCUUACUUUGCAGAUUCCCUUUGUGGAAUCCAUUCUUUUAUUUAAGAAUACAUUACUGUCUAUUGCAGUAGUUGUACAUAACUAGUAUUUUCACCCCUUGAAAUGUGUAUUUUAGAGUUUGUGCAAAAGACUUCAUUAAUUCUUCAAAUGUUGAUAAAAAUGUAAAUAUAGUACUCCUUUCCAAUGUUUCUGCUAUCUAGCAGCACGAUGGAUCAAGCUGUUUUCAUGGGGAAUUAAGUAACUUUCCCAUGUAGUCAUUGUGUAAAUGUUAUUAGCAGUUGAUGUUAUUGAAACAUAUUUAGUUUGGUCUGUUUUCUUAAUGCAUUUUUAUCAUUGUUUCUCUACUGAAGUUGAUGCAAAAGUCUAAUAAAAAUAAUUUGAAAUAAAUGUAACGGCAGGGGUUUUUUGUUAGCUAACUUUAUAAGAUGUAUUGCAUGUACCAGUUUCCUUUCUCAGAUAUACUCAUUGUGUUUUGCAA